AUGGCAGGCGAGCAUGUAUUUGACAUCGUCACCGGAGUCCAAUUGGAGGAGGGCCCAUCGGACUACGACCCAGCGACGAUUCGAGUCCAUACUCUGAAUAAUAACGUACUUUAUGCUACACCGUUGAAAGACAAUACGCUCUAUAAUUUUGCCAUUGCUGUUGAUUGGGAUUCAAACACUCUAACCGUAUACGCAUCACGAGACGAUGCUGAUUUGAUCCUUGAGUCAGGUCCCAUCACAAAUGAUCCUAAAGUGAUCGGAGCAGAAAAUGCUCAAAAAGGAGAAUGGCAUGUACAGUUGAUCAAAUUUCCCAUUCCAAAUCCUGAGGAUCCUCCUGAAAAACAAAAAGAUACUCCGCACUAUGGACAACAAGAAACAAAUAUUCAUGAAGGCGUGUUCUUUUCUCGAAUGUUCGUUGAGGAUGGUGCUGGAGGGAAAAUCACACGUUCAGCGACUGCUCAUAGAUAG